UGGCUUUCGGUAGAACAAUGUCGAAGGUACGAGCGAAACACGCUAGUUGCUUUGUUGUUGGCUGCACAAACCAACACAGAAGUCUUUUUUUAACCCCUACGCCAGAGGAUCUGAAGACCCAGUGGAUUCAUUUUAUUUUUGAUGGAAAAGUACCCGCUUCAACUCCGAAAGUGUUGUACGUGUGUGCUAACCAUUUCACCUCGGACUGCUUUCUCAACAAGGGCCAGUACAAUGCAGGAUUUGCUACAAGUCUAAAGAUAAAGCAUGGAUCAGUACCGACUGUCCGUGACCAAACUUCGAACUUGGGAGCUGCCAGCACAUCAAGUGCAUCUGCAGGGCUUCCUGCAACAAGGAAUGUUGCCUGCCAGUCUGACCCACUGGAGAUGCGAACUGUAGGCACACAGUUUUCCUUGAGGACUCUUCAGCCUCACAUCAGAAGUACAGGUGUCCAGGCUACUGUGUCCUGCAAGGAUUUUGGUGUUGGGACAUCCGUUGCUACCUCUGCAGAUCCUGUGUGUUUUUCAUCAACACCCGUAAAGAGACCCUCUAAAAGAACUCGUCUGGACCUGGAGGAAGAGCAGGAUGACGAUCCAUUAGAGGGCAGCUCUUCAGUGGCAGCUUCCCAAGGGCUGCAUUCUACCUAUGACCUUGCAGACGCUCCUACAGCCUUGACAGAGUCAACAGUUUUGUCGGACGACUCAUCCCCUCCCACCCACAAGAUCAAAAAAUACAUAGUGUACGAGAACCGCCUGAUAGAGUUUUUUGCUGUGUGUCCUGUUUUGCACGUGCAACACUCUUAAUCCUUUUUCAAGCUCUGGAACAUUAAUACAUUACCAUUUACUUACAGAACCUGACCCUACUGACCCUGAAAUCAUGGUGCUCCAUUUCUAAACUUUUUAAAAAUUAUUAUUUAUUUUUUUUACAAUUUUUAUUCUAGACAUGCUGUCAUGAUAUCCAAAAGUUAUGAUAAAAAAAUGGUGGGAAAUGUACGGACCUUGCAAGUUCAGAAACCAAUAAAGAGGACAUGACAAAAGAUUAAUUUCCCAGACAUCCUUGCCUUUGACUUCAAUACUUCAAUAUCAAAAUGUCAGGUGAAA